AUGGAACAACAAUCCGGCUCGAGUGGGCGCCAUCCGUCAUCAACAAACCACACCCCGGCUCCCGACCGGGACGACGCUUUUCAUCAGCAUGGACCUUUCUUCCCGGCAGAAACAUCGCCCGCAACAAGCGCCGCCGGCCCCUCGUCGGCGGCGCCGGCGUCGCUAGGGAGACCGCCACCUGAGGACGAGUUCAACGUCAAAUUCCUCGGGACCCAUCAGAUGCUGUUUAACAAAACUGCGCACCAGAACACGCCAUACUCGGUUGAUGAGCCCGAAAGGUAUGCUGAGGUUAGUGGGCUGGCGUUUCCACAAGUGCUGCCGGAAGGGACCAUCAUCAGCGGGAGCGCGACAACAUCGCCUUCCGUGAUGGGAACUUCUGCGGUCGUCGCCUCAACGGCAGUGCCAAGUUUAGCACCGAGCAGUCGGAAGGGUACUGUCGAUCCAUACGCCGAAUACUGGUCCGCAAACGGCGAAUACGACCCGCACAACUCAGCAAAAGCACCAUUCCUCCCCCAGUACUCAUCCCCAGCAACAUACCAUUCAUCGACACAUAAUGAGCCCGUGACGCACCUUCCCGAACCCGACGAAUACUACGGCCCGCCGCCGGGCGAAUAUUCCAAAUCUUGCUACCAAGCACAGUACAACGCACCUUCGAGCUCACGAUUCGGCUCACAGUUAUCUAGGGAAGGCAACCCAUACCCCGGCGGAAGCGCUCAAUUCGUGAAACCGUGGUGGAAGCGGGAGACAAUUUGUGGAUUGCCUUCCAAAUUGUUCUGGAUAAUAAUAGGUUGUGUGGUGAUGGCAAUCAUAGUCAUCGCUGCAGUUGUGGGCGGCGUACUCAGCAGUGACGCCAAACGACGGGCUAGCCAGCAGCGCCCGGUUUCUGAACAGGGUGCGAUCAAUCCCGGGUUGACCUUACGGUCAGACUCGGAGAUUUCUGCCGUUAACUGGACGCAGCCAACCGGAGAGGUCAGGCAUGGAGUUUUUACUCAGGACACCAACCAGGGCAUUCAGCUGUCAGUACAAGAGGACGAGCAAUCUUGGAGGACUUACAAUAUUUCCAAGCUCUUGGAAGAUGCCGGCAACCCAAUCAAUGUCAAGCGCGGCUCGCCCUUGGCCGCAGUUGCCAGUGGACCGCCGUGGUACAACUUUGAGGUUCGCGUGUAUUACGUCGAUGGAGACUCGUUUCAGAUCCAGGAGAUCAAGACCACAGACGUGGGAUACCAAAAGUGGGACCGCGGAGACCUACCGAACAAGCCGAAUGACCCCAGCAGAGAAGCGGGAAAGACGACGCAGAUCGGGGCCGUAUGGCAUCGCUGCGACCAAUUACCCUCCUGCACCGAUUAUAUCUAUGUGACAUAUCAAAACGCGGAGAGGACCAUCAAGAUGCUCAACUCCAGCGACUGGACCAAACUAGCUACGUUUGGAUCAGAUACCUUGUCUCGCUCAGCAGUGGCCAUGUCCGAGUUUGCCGAGUCUCGGGUUGAGCCUAGUGAGAUGCGGUUGUAUUAUGACAACCAAGGGACCCUUUCCGAAUACAAGUUCAAUAGAUUCAAGCAGUGGGAGCCAGGACAACGAGUUGUGGAGAAUAGUGUAGACAUCAGCGCGCCCAAGCUGGCGAGCGCGCCAUACAAGCAAUCGAAACGGACGCUGUUGUUGCAGAACGACCCCGACGGCACUCUCUACUGCCACGUGUGGGACCAGACAACCUGGACACGCAACCGCCGAGCACGGUUCCUCGGUGGGCCGUCGCAACUAAGGUUUUCCUCUCUAGCCCUCGAUCGAGACCAGCGCCUCUACGGCGUCGAGCUAGCAUCAGAUGGAGGGGCACCAGCAAUCCACGUAUUGAAGUGGACAGAGGCGGAUCCGUUUUCGUUUGAAUACAUCGGCCAAAUAGGUGGCCGCAGGUGA